AUGCAGUAUGUGAAACAUUCCAACGAAUUGCUCCAGCUGAGAAAGAACUCAUGGAUAUUGUUGGUAUUAUAUCUGAGUUGUUUUCGGCUCGAUCUUCUGGUGAUCGACCUGGAAAAUGUGAUCAGAAACACCCAGAGAAAACAAAGUGGAAAAUCUGGAGAUUUUGAACUUAUUGAUGUUGAUAAACCUCUUUGGGACCAGGAAACUUAUUUAGGAAGAUUGCGUCAUUUUGCUUUUAUUACGGAUAUUCGAACAGUUAUAGUUCCCAGCGAAAAGCUCCUCGAAGCGAAACAAUUAUUAGCAGAAUACAAAACAGGAAAUGUAGAUCCAUCAAUCACAAGAGAGGACAUUAUAUAUGCGAAAAAAUUGCACGAUAGUUCUUUCCAUCCUGAUAAUGGAGAAUUGAUGACUGCCAUUGGAAGAAUGUCCUUUCAGGUUCCUGGAAAUGUCAUUUUAACUGGCUCCAUGCUGACAUUUUACAAAAGUAAAUUAGCUGUUGUGGGCUGGCAGUUGAUAAACCAAAGUUUCAACGCAAUAGUGAAUUUCACAAACAGAAAUGCAAAAAGCGAUACUGAAGGUGAUGACAACAUUAUUAAGCAAGCUUAUGUGGGAGCCACCUUUGCAAGCUGUGGAGCUGCUUUGACCUUCAAACAAUUAUUUGCCAACAAAGGGCCUUUACUAGCAAGGGUCGUUCCUUUUUUUGCAGUCGCAAUUGGUAAUAUGGUGAAUUUGCCAAUAAUGAGACAAAGAGAGAUAACUAGAGGUAUUCCAGUAUCAAUGAAAAAUUCACCGGAAAAUCCUAUAAUUGAGUCAAGAAUUGCUGCAGUUAAAGGCAUUUCCGAAUGUGUUAUGACUCGAAUUGCUAUGGCUGCCCCUGGAAUGCUCGGUAUUCCGGUACUUACAAAUUGGACCAAAAAAUAUUGUUUUUAUCAGGCUCGACCUUGGUUGUCCGUCCCUACAGAGAUAACGAUUCUUGCUUUAUUAUUGUUGAUCUUGGUUCCUACAUGUUUGGCUAUUUAUCCACAAAGGAAGUAA